AUGUGCGGUGGCAGUCUUUGCCCCAGCGGGUCACCUGCUUCCUCAGCGGGUCCCGCAGCGCCAGACAGCACAGUGGGAUCCCAAAACAAAGGCGGUGGGCCCCCGGGGCCAGCACCCCCGGCUCAGUCUUCCGUCCAGGACUCUGUCGUCGUCCCCGAGCGCGAAGAUAUGCCGGAGUUUGUGGUGACGGCGCUGUUGGCACCCUCACGCCUCUCGCUGAAGUUGCUGCGAGCUUUAGUGAUGAGCCUGGUGUAUUUGGCUGCCUUGGUGGCCGCGGUCGUCUACAGCUGCAUCGCGCUCACCAACGUACUGUGCCACCCCCGCAGGGGCUGUCGCGGCCGCCAGCGGUUGUCUGCGCCGGACUGCCUAAGAGACCCCACGCUGGGCCAGCACUGCUUUCUGACCCUUAGGGUGAGUGCCUCAUGGAGGCAGAGUUCCGGUCUGCGGCUUCACUAUGUCUCUGCUGGUCGUGGAAACGGGCCCCUCAUGCUGUUUCUGCAUGGCUUCCCAGAGAACUGGUUCUCCUGGCGCCACCAGCUUCGGGAGUUUCAGAGCUGUUUCCAUGUGGUAGCUGUCGACCUACGUGGUUAUGGCCCCUCUGACGCUCCAAAGGAUGUGGAUUGUUAUACUAUUGACCUGCUGUUGGCUGAUAUCAAGGAUGUCAUUCUAGGCCUGGGGUACUCCAAGUGCAUCCUUGUGAGCCAUGACUGGGGGGCUGUCCUUGCCUGGAAUUUCUCCAUCUACUUCCCGUCUCUAGUGGAGCGGAUGGUUGUGGUUAGUGGACCUCCUAUGUCGGUGUUCCAAGAAUACUCAACCCGUCACAUUGGCCAGUUAUUCCGAUCAAACUACAUGUUCCUGUUCCAGCUCCCCUGGCUGCCAGAGACGCUAUUGUCUUUGUCCGACUUCCAGAUUCUAAAAGCCGUUUUCACCGACCGCAAGACGGGCAUCCCGCGUCUCACCCCUUGUGAACUCGAAGCUUUCCUUUAUCACUUCUCACAACCUGGAGGCCUCACUGGGCCCAUCAACUACUAUAGGAACGUGUUCAGGAACUUCCCCCUGGAGCCCCAAGAACUGUCCACGCCCACACUGCUGCUGUGGGGGGAGAAAGACCACACCUUACAGCAGGGGCUUGUGGGAGCCAUUGGUAGUCGCUUUGUGCCAGGUCGGCUGGAAAGCCACAUCCUGCCAGGCAGUGGACAUUGGAUUCCACAGAGCCAUCCUCAGGAGAUGCAUCAGUACAUGUGGGCCUUCUUGCAAGACCUGCUGGACUAGUAGCCCCUGCUCCCCAGCCCAACAGAUAUAUGAUACAUGUGGGAUUACAUACUCACGUCCUUGUGUACCUGAGAGUCUGUUCAGUGUGUGCACAGAAUGGACUCCCAGCUCACCCACAGCAAAUGGCUCCUGCGUUGCACACAAAAAGCAACUAUGGGUGUCCUGCCUCACACAUAGCAUAGGUGUUUGCAUGUGUGAGAAACCACUUGGACUCUGGCAGCCAGGAAUGCUUCUCCCUUAUGGAGUUAGUUGAUGGGACUCACCUUUCCAAAGUGUUCCUUCCUCAGUCGCUUCACAAACCACAAAUUCUAACCCUUCUAUCUGGUUUUCCACCUCCAGUCUGCAGCUUAGGGCUUAUUCAAAGUGCAUGCAAUUUAUUUCUUUUUGUUUUUGGAGACAGAAUUUCUCUGUGUAGCCCUGGCUGUGC